CUAUCUGUCAUUGUCUUAAAUCCAAUAAACAAAAAGGAUGAAACGUCGAUCUUUGUCUUUCAAAAUGGUCUAUAAUCAAGCGAGUGUUUUUCAUUUUUUUUAAGACAAUGACGACAUAAUAUCUUUAUCUUAGCAACACUUUUAUUUAUAAAAAAUUGAGUUUUCACAACUUUUCAAAAUUCACAAUAUAUGUACCUAAUGGUCUAUUGACCGUUUUUGUCUUUCUUUUUUUCAUAUUUUUCAUCAUGUUUUGACGAAAAAUAUCGGUCGAAUAUCAUUUACAUUUGUUCAAAUAGUGUUCAGUUUGAAAUUUUAGUGUAAAUCAUUCAAAAUGGUGUACGGAGAACCAGCAGUUUUAACCGAUAUCAUGGACACGAUAGCAAGUCUAAAAGAAUCCAAAGGAUCCCCAGCGGAUAGAAUACUCGACCACAUGGUAUCUCAACGUAAAGCGCCCAUUAGAAACGCCUCGUUUCGCAUCAAGAAAGCUUUGAAAGCUGGUCUAAAGACGGGACUAUUAAAAGAAACCGGUGGUAAAUUCAAACUUGGUUUAGCGCCAAAGGAUUAUGCUGUUUUUAAGAGCUUUAGACUACUAGAGAAGAGACCUGGUAGCAUUGGUCUUCCUGUGAUUGAACAUCGCAGAAGACGGGGACGCCGAAGCAGGAGCAGGAGAAGACGAAGAGGAAGAAGGCGAGAUAAUUAUUUCAACCUAGGAUUACCAGAGGAUGACAGUGGUGGCGACGAUGAUGAUUAUGGUAGCUUUAAAAGUUUCAAAAAAUUAUCAAAAACUGAAUCCCUUCCUAUAAAGGAAAUAAGAAGAAGACGAGGGAGAUCGAGACGUAGGAAAGGAAGACGAAGAAGAGGUCGUAGGCGAGGUGAUUUUUAUGAUGCUGAAAAUUUAGCAGGAACUGACGAAAGUGGUGCUGAGCCGAUGGAUAGAGGAAGAAGAAGAAGAGGCCGCAGUAGAAGGCGACGAGGUAAAAGGCGUCGUGGAAGAAGGCGCGGCUUUGGCCUUGACGACGAAAUUGAAUCUGCUAGGAGUUCUGAUUCAAAGGAUAUAUCGAGCAAGUCAUCGGAGGAGAAACCAAAAACUGCGAAAGGAGGUCAAGGGCGUGGAGAUCUUGGACCAGUUAAAGCCGAACCUGAAAAACGUGAAAUUGUUACGGCAGAUCCUCCUAGAAGUCGUGUAGAUCACCAAGAAAAUAUGCGAAGCAGUCAUUGCAUACACGAUCACGUUUACCAUCACGAUGGGCCCUACUCACAUCAUCCUCCUCCCCCGCAUUCAAGUCAUUACCCCUCCGACCAUUAUUAUGAGUGAAUUGUUUGUUUUUGUAUCAUGUAAUUAAUUUUGGUAAAAUAAAUAAUGUCUAUGC